AUGAGCUACAACAAGCUAGAGACAACAGAUAAUGUUGAUUUUGGCUCUAGCCCUACCGAUGUUCAUGGCGAUGAUUACGAAGACAUUUUCAUUGAGCCAGAUGUUCCAACCAACUCAAACAAACCUAACGAACCAAAAUUAACACCCGUUGAACCAGCGCCAAUUAACGAACCACAGAGUGGGUCGACACCUUUUUUCAACUUCUCUAACUUUAUCCAACCACAACUACCUUCCUUUGUACAAAUUGAAACUCGAGAAAGACCCUUUACCGGGGGUAAUACUUUAGAUGAGUCAGUAUUAACCACUUUACAUAGAGAUCUCUCUACCAUUGGUGAUAAAUUGAUGAGCGUGUUAUGGCCGGUGCGUUUAAGAAAUGCCUUGCUAUCAGUUAAAAAGAUUGUUGGUAAUGACGUUGAAGACGCUAUUGUAUCGGAAGAUUAUUCGACGGAGACGAUGAAGAAAAUCAGGGACUGGGAUCUAUGGGGGCCUUUAGUUAUCAAUCUAGCAUUUAGUGUGAUUAUAACAUAUUUACAGAGUCGUAAUUUAGACAAUGAUCGGAAAAAUGAUACUUCAAGUGCUAUAUUUAGUGGUGCCUUUACCCUAAUUUGGGGGUCUCUCUCAAUUCUAUCUCUGAAUAUACAAUUACUUAGUCCUGUUCAGCAAAGAUUGGAGAAUGGUGCAAUGACUGAUGGCGUUGUCGGUCUCUCCUUCUUCCAGUGUAUUUCUUUAUUGAGUUACGCUUUAUUCCCCGUUGUUCUAGGUGGGCUAAUCUCCAUUUUUGUUCCAUUCAAAUUUAUUCGAAUGAUUGUCUGUGCUUUAAUGCUUGCAUGGUCGUUAUUGUGUACUUGGUUGAUUGUUGCCAUUGUCAGCAACUGCAAGAAGAGAGGAAGCUUGACUAUAGUUGCUGAAUCUGAUGAUAGUGAAGGUGACAAGAGGAUCUUCUUGAUGGUAUAUCCUGUCUUUUUGGUAUUUGCAUUAUUUUCUUGGUUUUGUGUAAUUGUUUGA